AUGGACGGCGCUGCCAUCGGGUCGGACGACCACUUCGACCCACCCUCGCGCUUGUUUGAGCGCCUUCGCCAGAUCGCUGGCUACACCUGGGACGAGUCCCGGCUCCCCUUCCACACAUCCUACGACAUCUGGCACGUUUGCGGCACCAGAUUCGUGUCGCCCUAUCAGCCGUCUUCUUCGACUCACCAUGCCUCGAGUCCCGGCUCGACCGCGAGGCUACAAUCCGGCCGGCCGUCGCCCUCCGAACAUGCGAGCUCCUCAAGCCUCCACUCGGGUAUUCCCAGCGAUGCCAGUAGUGACUUCUCGUCCACGUCGCCGCCGCCGCCGAUCCCUUCCGGCGCUGCUGAGAUAUCAUACAUAGAGGAGCCCGUUGUGGCUCGUGUCUCAUACCAUGUGCUCCGGGAAGAAAGGGCGUUCCACAUAGCUAAGAACCUCUUCGCCACGGCCGAUCCCAAUGGGCACCACAUUGUCAAGCCUCUUGACCGCGUCCGCCUCGCCCCCCACUCAGGCGACCGCGGAUCCAUUGUUGUCGCCAUCUAUCAGCACCCCGGCCAGAACUAUCUAUUUGAUCUCAUGGAUAUGGGACCGGCAUUCUACAAGGCCAGGAAGGUGGACGAGCGGUAUGAGGCGUAUCGCAAGACGAGCUUCCGUCUGAAGCCCCCGAUAGACCUGCAGUACUUUCUCGACUUUGCCAUCGGCGCAAGUCAGUGUCUUGAGAUACUCCACUAUGGGCAGGCGAUGACGCAUGGGGAGAUUCGGCCGGACGCUUUUCACUUCAACAUUGAAACAAACUCUGUCAAGUUGAUCAAUUUUGGCACCGGAACGAGGUCCUUUGAGGGCGGUCUGUCGAGUACGUCGUGGUCGAGCCUGUCUAAAGAGCUGGGCGCCAAGAACAAGCUUCUAUACAUCAGCCCGGAGCAGACAGGGCGUAUGCCGGCGGAACCCGAUAGCCGUACCGACAUCUACUCGCUAGGAGUGGUGUUCUGGACCCUGCUCACACAGCAGCCUGUCUUUGAGGGGGAGACACCAUUGGAUAUCGUACAGGGCGUUCUUGGACGGAGGAUUCCCAACGUAUCGCAAGUCCGGCUUGACAUACCUGACGUUAUAGGUCGCAUCAUCCAAAAAUGCACCGCAAAGACCGUCGCAGAUCGAUACCACUCGGCUAGUGGUUUGAAGCACGACUUGCUCAAGGUGCAGCAGUUCCUGACCGAUGGCGACUGGUUGGCGUUGAAGGAGUGGAAGAUCGGAGAAAAGGACAUAUCGUCGUUUUUCAUCCUCCCCAGCAUGAUGAUUGGGCGGCAGAAGGAGAGAGCAGAAGUGAUUAGAGUGAUUGAGCGGGUUGCCAAGAGCCACUCCAUGAAUCAAAAGUCGACAAAUAACCGCUUCUCAGAUGGAUCACAACUCUCGGUUGAGCUGCCUGACUGCGGUGACUUGUCGAGUGAAGGGGCCAGCUCUGCAGAGGGCACCACCCGCCGUAGCGGGUCUUUCACACAUACUACAUCCUCUGACCCUAGGCAGUCAAAGGCUAGCUUCGUGCCUUCCGUUCUGUCCGAUACUCAGACGAUAUCAGGAGACACCAUCGCCUCGUCCAAUUCGGGGCCAUUUGGGCGUAUGACGAGGCCGUGGGACAGACAGUGGGAGAGGCAUCAUUCGGUGUCGAUCGAGACGCGGAGCCUUGCCGACGGCAUUGGCACGCCCACAGACAGCAAUCGACUCAGCGCUGUUGAGUCAACAUCCUCGAGCUUGUCUCGCCAGCUUGGUUCGGCCAAGUUUCGGAGACGUGGGCACUGCGAAAUCGUUCUCGUGGAAGGGGCCGGUGGCCUUGGCAAGAGCUGCCUCUAUCAGUCUGUACUUGCAGAGGCCAGGCGGAGAGGUUACUGCGCCACGGCCAAGUUCGACACGGCUCGCCGCACUGCUUUUGGGCCGCUGCUCAAGCUCUUGUCGUCUCUGUUUAAGCAGGUUUUUGGCGAGCGGAACACGGACACGCAAUUCCACCAGGCACUGAAGCAUUAUGUUCGUCCCGUGUGGCCGACGCUCCACAAAGUCCUCGGGCUACCCGACUUUCUCCUCGGCGCCCUUGACAGCCCGGUUCCUAGAUCCGUCUCCAUCACACAAAGCGUGGCCCAGACCCGGAGCAUCAGAGCCGGCCUCAAAAGGCGCGGCUCAUCGCCAGGAAGCUCCCCUGGGCGCCUGACGAAGUCCACCGUUAUAUCGUCACAGGCAUCCCAGGACUUUUUGCGAGCAGGUGGAACGACGAAGACGAUGCGGUUGAUGAAUACCUUCCUUGAUGUGCUACGCAUGUUUACAUCUCACAAGUUUAUAUGCUUCGUGCUAGAUGACCUUCACUUUGCCGACGACGAGUCAAUGGAGCUGAUUAGUCAGAUUAUUGGGGCGCGGAUGAAAAUGGUCGUCAUCAUUACUUACAGGCCGGAAGAACUGUCUCCUGAGCGGGUACAGUCCAUUAUCCAUCCCCCUGAAUCCGAAGAGUUCCCUAGGUCAGGAGGCCCAGUGGUCACGCGCAUUAAACUGAACCCCCUGGGCGAGGACGACAUAAUCCAAUACGUUGCGACUACGUUAUGCAGACCCAAAGAGGAGGUUCUUCCGUUGGCGAUCGUUAUUCAAUCAAAAACAGCAGGCAAUCCGUUUUAUAUGCGGGAGAUGCUGAGUGCGUGUUAUAGGAAAAGGUGCAUAUGGUACGACUACAGAGACAGCAACUGGCAUUUCGACCUGGACAGGCUGUUCGAGCACUUCAAGGGUGCGAGCGACUACGAUAUACUCGACACCGGCUUCAUCACCCGCAGGCUAAACGAGCUGCCGCCGGCAUCCAGGGCAAUUCUUGCCUGGGCUGCUCUGUUGGGGUCGUCAUUUUCAUUUGAGCUCAUUUCACGACUUCUGAGCGGCGAAUUCCAGUAUGAAGAUGAAGGUGAAGACGAGGCCAGCUGUCGAGGACCAGGCAACGAGCAAUACCACGCAUCCUAUACCCAGCAGGAGGCAAUCAACGGGUUACAAGCGGCUGUGCAGGCCUAUAUCAUCGUACCGAGCGAGACAGACGACAGGUUCCGCUUUGCUCACGACCGAUUCAUUCAGGCGUCGGCAGCGCUGAAAGAGUGCAACGCGCGCAAGAUGCAUUUUGUAAUUGCACAGACACUGUUGAAGUACUAUUCGGCGGACCCCAAGGCGAAAGACAACACAGCCUCGCAUAUUUGCGAGUCUGUUGAUAUCAUUAAGAAGCGCGUUGCCAAGCGCCGGUCAUAUCGUAAGCUACUGUUCGAGUGCGCUCAAGCGGCGGUCGAGAACUGCGCCCGUCCAACUGCCUCCAAGCUAUACAGCACGGCGGCCGCACUCCUCCAACCGGACCCCUGGAAUGACGAGCUUGAGGACGUCUCCUACGAUGAGACUAUGCAGUUGCACCUGAGAGCUGCCGAAUGCUACCUCUACAUGGGCAACCAUGUAGCCGCCAACGCUCUGCUCGACAACAUCUUGGAGUGCGCGCGCAGCCCCCUCGACAAGGCGCCAGCUUAUGUUCUGCAGUCCAGAACCCUCGCGCAAUGCGGCGACGCCAAAGGAGCCCUCGAGUCACUCAAGGAAUGUCUACAUGCUCUGGAUGUGCAGUUCGACGAUAAUCCGACAUUCGAGAAGUGUGACGACCAGUUCGAGAAGAUGUCUGUCAAGAUACAAACCAUGGACAAAAAUGAACUUCUGAAUCCGCCCCAGUCGUUGGACCCAGCUCUGCCGUCUGUCGGCGCUGUCCUGGCAGAGACCGUUAGCGCCGCGUGGUGGAGCGACUACCUGCGCUUCUAUCAUCUAUCUCUCGUCAUGCUAGACCUACAUCUCACCCAUGGCGCCUUUCCGCAGUCCGGGAUGGCGUUCCUCCAUCUCGGCCUGAUUGCCCUGGCUAGAUUCAACAUGGUCACCUUCGCCGUCGAGGUGGGCAACGUCUGCAUCGAGUUGCUUGAUCGCUAUCGCGACCCCUUCUCCAUGGCAAGGGGCUACAUGUUGUAUGCCAACUUUAUCGGGCACGUCCAGGUCCCGGUGGCUGUGGCGCUGAGCCAUCUGGAGGGUUCUGUCGACUACGCAGCAGCGGCCGGCGAUAGAAUUUCCUCGAUCCUAAGCUUUGGACUGGCGGCGCAGCUCAAGUUCUUUGCCAGCGAAAACUGCUCCGACUUGGAGGCAUUCUGCCAGUACGGCUGCGAAGAGAUCCCUAAUUGGCAUCGAGACACGCGGGGUGGCACCCUUCUCAUCUCGAUUCGACAGGCGUGUCGUGCCCUGCAGGGGAAGACUCGAACCACAGAGCCCCUAGAGGUCAUGACUGACGAGCAGCACAACUCAGCCAACUACAAGUCGUGGCUAGGGGCCAACACGCAGAACGGCAACCGGUCGAUUCUCUGGUACGAGAGCAUCGAGAUUGUGCCACUAUUCAUCUACGGGCAUUACGACCGAGCCAUCGAGAUCGGCCAGGCGUGCUUCGAGACCAUCCAAAACCUGUGGUCCGCUCGCAACAGCAGGCUGGUCAUGUUUUUCUACGGUCUUGCGCUCGCGGGAAGCAUGCUCCGCAAGCUCAACGAUCCCCGACUGGACCCCAACAGUCUGACCAACGAAACCGAGACUACUCUGCACAAGCUCCGCGAGCUGACCAAGAGAAUCAAGGAGUGGGAGGUUUAUACCGAGGUCAACUACAUGUCAUGGUCCAAAAUACUUGAGGCCCAGAUCGCUGAGUUGACGGACGAUUACGGCGGCGCCAUUAAGCUGUACGAAGAGGCUCUGGACAACGCCGAGGAGCACAACUACCUGUUUGAGGCGGCGGUGGGCAAUACGCUGAUGGCUGGCACGCUCGUCAGACGCAAGGCCCGACGACUGGCCCGCUCUGCGUUCCGGGAUGCCAUUUCUUUCUACCGUCAGUUCGGAGCUGUCGCCGUCGCUGAACGCCUCGAAGAGGAGCACGCUGUCCUACUUCACAGUCCCACAAGAAACCCCAGGACAACGGACGCCGCCGUGCAGACGGACUUUGCCGGUGACAGUGGUACAGUCGAUUACCGCGCCGUAGAGGGCGAAGAAGGCCCAGAGGGACUCCAGCAGUCCAACCACACCGCCAUCGCCGACAUCAAGGGCGAGCGGAUUGGUGCAUGGCGCGGUUCAAUGCACGAACAGAACGAACUCGGGGCAGGUUUACCUGCACUUGAUAUGAUUGAUCUGCAUGCGAUUCUGCUCUCCUCCCAGGUAAUCUCUGGCGUCCUCCGGGUCGAUGAACUGCUCAAGACUAUGUGCGACGUCAUCCUGCAGACCUGCGGCGGCUCGGCUACACUCGCCGCCAUCGUCGUUCAGGACUCGGACGAGUCUGGCUGGUGUCUUGCAGCUAGUGGCGACCCGGAAAGGGGCGCGUCGGCGCAUAUUCCAGGCGUGCCCCUGGCAGGCACAUCACUUGUCGCUGAAAACGUCAUCCUCUACUGCACCCGUUUUCGAGAGGCAGUGUUCAUCCCCGACAUUAUCAGUGACGAGCGGUUUGGGAACGUGAGCGAGGCCUGGCUGCAGCGGAACGUCCUCAGCAAGGCCAUCAUCGCGAUUCCCAUUUGCCACGGCUCCAAGCCGCUCCUCGGUGUCUUGUACCUCGAGGGCGAGCCGGGCUCCUUCACCGACCGCAACGUUUCUGUCCUGCAGUUGUUGGUUAACCAGAUUGGCAUCAGUUACUCCAACGCCCUGGCCAUGAAAGCCGUCGAGAAGGUCUCCGCAGAAAACGUUUCCAUGGUUGCACUGCAGAAACGUGCGCUGGCCAAGGCUCUCGAGGCAGAGACCAAGGCCAAACAUGCUGAGGCGGAGGCCAAGCGCAAUGUCAAGUUAGCCGAAGAGGCCGCCAAGGCCAAAUCCAUCUUUCUGGCCAACGUCUCUCACGAGCUGCGCACGCCUCUUAAUGGUGUCAUUGGGAACUCCGAACUGCUCAAGGACAGCGAAUUGGACAAGGAUCAGCAAGAAAUGGCGGAUAAUAUCAAGGUAUCCGCAGAGCUUCUGCUCACUGUCAUCAAUGAUAUUCUCGACUUUUCCAGGAUGGAGGCUGACAAGAUGAAACUGUACGUCAUCGCCUUCAACCCCGAGGAAAUGGUCCGCGAGGUUGUGCGGGCCGUGUCUUACAGCAACCGGCAAAAGACGAAGCAGAAGAACGUCAAGAUUAUACAAGACAUUAACCUGCCCUCGAUGCUCAUCUUUGGGGACCCUAUCAGACUUCACCAAGUCUUGGGCAAUCUCAUCAGCAACAGUCUCAAGUUUACCGAGGACGGAUCCAUAACUAUCGGGGCCCGUGUCGAAUCAGAGACCAACGACAAAGCUACCCUCCUGUUUAGGGUGCAGGAUACGGGCAUCGGCAUUCCUCAGCAGCAAUUGGUCAAGCUCUUCCAGCCGUUCAGCCAGGCAGACACCAGCACGGCCCGCAAGUACGGCGGCAGCGGGCUCGGUCUGAGCAUCUGCAAGUCUUUGAUUGAAACAAUGAUGAAGGGUAAGAUCCAGCUUGACAGUCAGGAAGGCGUAGGGACGACGGCUUGGUUCAAGGUCACCUUCGACAAGGCCAAGUCCGACGUAUCCGCCGGCGACGCCCAGCAGAUGAAAUCCCCGCCAGCCGUCGAGCGCUCUGCCUACCUCGCAGAGCGUGAUCCAUCGCCGAAUCCGUUUCUGGAUCUUACCGCCAUCUCCAAGGACCAGAUCAGGAUUUGCAUCGCAGAGGACAACCCCAUCAACCAGAAGAUUGCCAUUCAGUACGCGCAACGCCUGGGCUACACCACCGUCGAUGCCUACGAAAACGGCCUCAAGGCCGUGGAAGGUUUGCGCCAGAAGGCGAGGGAGGGUCGGCCGUACCACGUGGUCCUCAUGGAUGUGCAGAUGCCCGUGCUCGACGGCUACGAGGCGACCAAAAUGAUCCGCAAGGACCCCAUAGACGUCGUGCGCAAGAUACUCGUCAUCGCCAUGACAGCGUCGGCCAUUCAGGGCGACCGCGAGAAGUGCCUGGCAGCAGGCAUGAACGACUACCUCGCGAAGCCGGUGCGCUCCGAGGUGCUGAAGAAGAAGCUGGAUACCUACGUCAGCCCCCAGGUAUCCACCGCUUCAUCUUCCGACGCCGUACGCUCUUCUUCCACGUUACCGGCGUACGCCACUACUGAUCUCAAUGGGGCUGGGGCAAGCUUUCACCUGCCGAUCAGGGAGAAUCCGGCGUACAGUCGACCGUCGGGCAGCACCGCGGCGCCCAGUCGAAUAUCGAGCGACACAAGGUCGACUACUGAUACAAGUUUGGUAGCCGAGACGCAGUCGCAGGCUCCCUCACAGAAACGCGCAUCACGCAAACUCACCAAGACACGCACUAGCACCGAAUCGCUGCCGGCAGAGAAGCCCAGAGCGGUCCUCACCAAGAAGGCGCCGCAACGCCAGGGGACAGCCUCGUCGAUGGACGAGAACCUCAAGCCGGAGCUUGUCUCAUACCACGCGAAUAGCCGCAACAGCAUGAGCUCGCAGGGGUCGAGCGGCAAAGACAAGAUUAUCCCCGGGUAA